CCCUGAUCACGUGACUCGAUUCUAUCACCUCCGGUCGCAUAGCGUUGCAGACGGAUCGAAAUAGGAGUGGAUUACUCUGUUCUAUAUGAGUGUACAGAGAAUUAUUCUAUUCCAUUGAGGUAUGCUUAUUCCUUGAGUUUUGGUAUUAUAUAACUAAUAAUGAGGGUUUUCGUAAACUUCUUGUCGCAAUUACGUAUAUCGAGUUGUUUAUAAAGUGCGAGAUUUAUAUACUCAAUAUCAAAUAUUUCUGGUGAUUUGUUUAUAUAGGCGGAAGUAAUGUCAAAAGUGGGACUGUCACAUGCUCGAGUGGAUAUAGUCAAAACAAUCCAAAUCAAGCUAUGCACGAUUGUGACGUCACAGGUGAUAUUGUUUUCAGCUUUCAACAUGGGGACAGGUUUUACUUCACAGCAAAGGCUCGCAAUGGUGGUUACAUUACUAUAAGAAAUUAUGAUGCAACCUCCGGCUACACGAAUAAUCCCAAGAAUUAUUACACAGGAAUCGAUGUAGCACACACCGCAGACUUUACCCUGGACUAUCAGCCUCCAGAACAUUGCACAGUUACCGGGAAUUGCUCUGAUAAUAUGCUCGAUAGGGGCCCAGCGAUAACUAAAACGAGUGAUAUAACUGUGCAGUAUAGUGGUUGGCAUGACGAUCUUUCUGGUAUACUACGAUAUGAAUAUGAAGUAUAUAAGAUGCAAGCAUAUGGGGAUGUAUUGGGAUAUAGGUCAAUACCACCUGUACUGAGGGGACAAGUUGAUCCACCAGCUACAGAGUUUACUAUCACAUUAAGGGACACAGGAGUAUAUUGCGUCAUGCUGACUAUUUAUGAUCUGGCUGGUAACCAUAAUAGAGCCAGGCGAUUCCUAAUAUUUGAUGACGUCAAUGGAGUUGACACAACAGACCAGUUUCCUAUCUGGGUUGACUCUGCAGCGAAAAACAGCGCCUACCUUUGGCAAACUGAUCUUCAAGAUUCAAAUAAUACUGGGCCACAGGUAGUGCUGCGAUGGCCAGGACACUUUUAUAACAUGUUUCAUAGAGAACAUACAUUCCUGAAUGUCAUUGAAGGUAAUUCACCUCCUUUGACGUCAGAGUAUGAAGAUGUUACAGGUCAACCUCCGACAACCAGAUCACGUGAGGCAAUACCAAAUAUCAAUGCAAUCGUGCGUUUUGAAGUAAACUACGACAUAGACCACCAGGGAGGACGAACUAUAAUAUCUCCUUCUGGAAACUGGCAAGACGUUGACAAUAUUAUGGUAGAACAGCAAAGAUUUAAUAUACCACGCAACGAUGGCGAUUCCAUUCAUUUAUGGGUGAGAGCUACAGACGUGAUGGGCAAUACAAACCAGGACGAUGUUCUAAUUCACGUAGAUUCGACACCGCCAGAGAUUCAUGAAAUACCAUGGAUCGAUGAAUCACAGAAAAG